AUGAAGAAGGUGCUGAUGGUGUCUUGGCUAAUCCUUGUGUUUUGCCUCCUACCGGCUGCUCAGGGGAAGGUCUAUGAGCGGUGUGAGCUGGCAGCAGCUAUGAAGCAUCUUGGACCAAAUAACUUUUGAGGACACAGCCUGGGACUCUGCGAAGAAUCGUGGAUCUUACAGACCAACAGCCGCUGGUGGUGCGAUGGUGGCAGGACUCCGAGGGCCAAGCACAUGUGCAAUACCCCCUGCUCAGCACUACCGAGCUCAGCCAGAACAGCAUCCGUGACCUGCGCGCAGAGGACUGUCAACAACGGGAAUGGCCCGAGUGUGCGGUAG